AAAUGCGCGAAUAGUUCCGGAGAGAAUCUUCAUUCUGUUCUCCGGAUAGUUUCCCAGGAAAAGUUCGAAAAAUCAUGCGCAUCUUUCAACAGGAUUUGUCUGAUCGCAAAGUUUCUGAAAUUCGCUUGCUUCAGUAAGGAUCCUGAUACAUUGGCUCAGAUUUCAAACUUAUUAAAAUGUCUCGAAAUUCAUCAAAUUCAACGUUAAUGGAUCCCGAUGAGCUUUUCUCAUCUCUUGAAGCAUUAGGACCGGAGAUGCAGUUGUUUCUGGUGGUCCUGUACAGUUGUACUGCACUGGCUGCUCUAGGAGGAAACGCAGCUGCCAUUGCUGUUUUGAUGUCUGGAAAACGUCGGUCAAUACGCUUGUUCUUGGUGAAUUUGGCGCUAUCUGACGUCACUAUGGCAGUCUUUUCAAUACCUUUCACAUACACGGACUUCGUUCUAGGACGUUGGAUAUUUCUGCCAGAAUUCUGUCCGGUUGUUCAAUUUGUUCAGCAUGUUUCCGUCUCUGUGUCUGUCUAUACUCUAACUGUUGUUGGAUUGGAUAGGUAUUACGCUAUUAUAUACCCACUGAGUGGACGAUGGACAAAAGUUCGAGGUCGAAUGAUAAUUUUUCUGAUCUGGCUCUGUUCUAUUGCACUUUCAAGCUUUCAACUAGUUCAUGGAAAAGCCGAAAGAUUUUUAGUUGGAGGACAAGAGGUGUAUGAUUGCAAUGAGAUAUGGGAUGAAUUAGAUGGAAAAGUGUACACAUCAGUUGUAUUCUUUUUAACAUUUCUUGUACCAAUGUUGAUUUUAAGUUAUACGUAUGGUAGCAUAGGAGUAAGGAUGUGGGCUCACACUACUCCAGGAAACGCCGAUGCGUCAAGAGAUAGACAGCAACUGGUAGCUAAAAUGAAGGUGGUUAAAAUGAUGGCAACUAUAGUGAUAUUGUUUGCUCUUUGCUGGCUUCCAAUACACAUUUUUGGAUUAAUGGUAUACUUCGUUCCCGACCUAGUGAUGCCGAUACGGGAUGAAGAUUUUCCAGGAUUUGCAGCUGCAUUUCUCAGUUGCCAUUGGCUUUCUAUGGCCAACAGCUUUGUAAAUCCUCUUGUGUAUUGUUUUAUGAGUGAUAACUUCAGAACCGAUUUAAGAAAUUUGUUACAUUGCCAAAGAGGACGCGAAAGAACAGAGCAUCAUGCUUCAACAUUGCUCACAGGCUCAUCGACAUUAAAACACCCAAUCGUGGCUCUCAGAGUGCUCAAACAAGAUGAUGACAUCAUCGUGAGACGGUCCUGCUGCAAGGAAAAGAAUAACCGACCAUCAAAAAAGACUGCAACACCAGACUGAAUAAAGAACAAAAGAAAUAAAUGUGACCCCACCCUCUCUUCAAUGUCAAUAAGUGUAUCAUUUUUCGAAUUAUGUGCACAU